UUGCCCAACUGUGGCCAAUAACAGAGACUCUGAACUCAAAGCAGGAACGCCAAAAACCGCAACGUAAAAGCUUUGAAGUCGCGAUUAAAAAGAAAACAUUAUUUAUGAGAAACAGAAACACCUGUGAAGAGAAGAAAAAGCCCCAAAAUGACGAGAAAAGAACAACAACAAUUAAAACAAUCAGAGCUAACAGACUAGCAGAGGCUAGACAAAGAGGCGUGGCCAUGGUUAGCUAAGAAGAAGAACAACAACAGCAAGAAAACAAAUUGAAAUCUAAAUCGCAGCAUUCGUUCCGUUCGGCGGCCAGUUACUUGAGCGACCUCGUGGUGCGAACAACAAGAGCUUUAGCAGCGGAAGCUUUGCGAUUGGCUGACAACAACAAUAAUGCACACAAUUGAGGUGCCCGCAUUGAACGGUCUGGGACAACCGAUCUCGGACAUUCCGGCCGGUCCUGCCAGCUACCAGCCACAAGUGAUUUUUGCUCCAAAUCAGACAGCCCCAUCCCAGGCACGCAUCGGCUCGUUGGUAGCUGAUCUGACGGCGCGGGGCCAGUUCUUCUAUGGCAUCGAAAUAACGGCACGUACCGCUGGUAAGCCGACGCAUCUGGAUUUUAACGACUUUCUGCCUGUCCUGCCCACAUUCGUCAGUCUGGUCUGGCUGGGCUGGGAAUAUUGGAAGGUACAUCCCAUUGAGCAUGUAAAUACGUUAACUCUGGCUAAGCACCUGGAGCCGCAUAUUCCCGUAAUGCCACAUCUGAGUGCCUAUCGGCUGAGUGAGAAGCGAUUAGAUGCAUUUCUGGCGAUGAAUCUCAGCAACAUGCUGGCCGUUCGUGGAGAUAAAGUGUAUGCCGAUCAGAUCUAUACAUAUAGUCAGCAGCUAGUGAAGAGGGCGCGACGUGCCCGGGGAGAUACGCUUUCUAUUGGCGUUGGAGGUUAUCCGGAGGGCUAUACAAACGAGCCCACUCACACACAUUAUGCAGCGCAAAGUAUUGAACAUCUGAGAGAGAAGGUUGAGUCCGGCGCUGAUUUCAUCAUCACACAGUUCUGCUACAGGCCCGAGAUGAUUGUACAGUUCGUUCGGGAUUGUCGCGCGGCCAACAUCACAGUUCCGAUCAUGAUGGGAGUGGCGGUGCCAGACUCAUACCGCAGCUAUGGGACAUUGGAGAAGAUAACGGGUGUGCGACUGCCGCUGGAGCUGCGCGCCCAAGUCGAGCAACUGAAAGAAACGCCCGCCGCAGUAUCCAAGUUCUUUGAGGAUCUGGCGCUCCAGAUCAUUCAGCACGUGUUGAAUGCCAAUGUGGGUGUCUAUGGUGUCCAGUUCUUUACCAUGAGUCGCUUCAAACCCGUGCUGGCCGUGCUUCAACAGCUACGUGAACUCGGCAUACUACAGGUACCGCCGGCCUCUCCAGAAACUACAAAUUUGAUCUGAUGAUCUGCCCUAAUUAUUAAGUAGUACAAUUAUUGAACGGAGAAUGUUUAAGAAGUUCCUAAGUAUACCUUAAAUUGAAGGAAGCACUUGGAGAAACAUUUAAGACGGAAGGUAAUUUUUUUUUAAUUUAAUUUUUUUUUAUUUUUUUAAGUUUUUUGUUUUUGUUUUUAUUUUUUUUUUUUAAUUUGUUUUUUCAUUAUUAUUAUUGAAGAUCACCAACAUUUGCUAUCAAUGUUUCAUUUUCAAUUUAGAUUUAAAAUAUAGUUAAUUGACCUCAAGUAUAAAUAAAUGGUAACUUAAUUUUUGGA